GCCUGGACAGCUUACCUGCCCUACCUCUAAAUUUCCAAACGUCAUCGCACCUUGAUUCAAAGCUCCUGUGGGACUAUGUUUGUAGCCCUGUAAGCUUGCAGCUUUACUAUGCGCAUCCUCAGGCUGGCAGUUUGUUUUGUGACAGCCUGUUAUUAUCGUUGAGUUGCUCCAUUUGGAGCUUCGGUCCGCAAUGUCGUCAGCGCCGACCAUCAAGGACCUGACAAAAGCCAUAACCGGGUUUGUACCAACAGCAAGUUUCCCGUUACCUGACGAUCUUGUCGAAAUCAUCGAUGCGUAUCUCUGCAAACAUGAGAAGUUCGACGAGAGCGUUGCCGACAAAUUAAAUGACGAACUACUCUCUCUAUUCCACAAAGAUGUAUCUCAAGUGCCUUCUCGCUAUACAGCUUUCGUUGCUCUCCUUCGCCGCUUGCGCCCUAUCAUUGGACAGCCGGACAAGAUAUUUCAGUGGUUCGACUUGCUGUUACUAGUACUCAACCACCUUAAUCAGGAGAAAGACCUUGCUGUGGAGGUUGAGGGUAUACUUUUGGAUAUUCUUACGGCCGACGAUGGCGACGAUCCUAGUUCCCCGACCGGAGGUGCUGCCCCUCAACUCGCAGAGCGGAUCCUUCUACUGUGGCUCGAUGAGUACGACACUGUAGGGAAAAGCCCUGAUGCAAUAUCGGAAUUUAAAGAGAAACAGAUGCAAAGGACAUUGUUGCACUACGGGAAGAGACGCCCAAAGGAUCUUCUGACUGUCCUCGACCAAUAUGUGGUCAAGAAAGCCUAUCGCGCUCGUGCUUUAUCAUUCCUGGCCUUUUUUGUGCAAAGCCAGCCACCACAUCUACAUCUCAUACUGCAGACACCCCUAUUUAACAAUUUAAUCAACUGUCUCCAGAUAGACACAUCCACAACUAUCGUGUCUCUCGCCUUGACCGCGUUGACAAUGAUUCUUCCGCAUAUGCCGAGCUCUCUCGUCCCUUACCUCCCCACGCUGUUUAACAUAUACGCGCGGCUACUCUUUUGGGAACGAGAGCUAUCUCCUCAAGGGACGGAUGAGAUAGACAAAGAACGAAGGUUAUCUCCUAAUGCCUUUGCCUGGGAAAAACUCGCCUAUUCUCCCGAUUUCGAUGAUACGGCUAUCCCACAACUCCUUCAUUAUUUCACGAUUCUCUAUGGUCUGUAUCCGAUCAAUUUCAUGGACUACAUUCGUAAGCCACAAAGAUAUCUCCGGCAUGCUGAGGUGCCCGAUGCCGACGACAUUGAGGUUCAACCCACUGAAAUUCGCGAUGCGUCAGAGCGUUUCCGGCGAUGCCAUCUCCUUCAUGAGAACUUCUACACUCUCACUAUAGAGUCAGAGAAGGAUAAUUUCGGAAGAUGGAUCAAAAGUGAACCAUCUGAAGUGGUAGCCGACUGCGUAGCUCUCUGUCAGGCCAAUGAGGCAUUGCCUAGUCAGGGUAUGGCAGACGCUAUAAACAUAGGAGCGUCCGAAAAAGAUGAACCCGAAAAGGAUGGCCACGAGUCCGCGCUGCUCAGUGGUUCCUAUCCGUUCGGCGUGUCCUUCAGUCCCUUUCAGGGGGAUGACAGACGAAACACGGGAUCAAUGUUCGCCGAAUCUAUCACAAGCAGUCGAAAGCAGUCCGUAAUAGUUCGCCAGUCAUCCAUAAGCAGCUAUCACUCCAAUCGAGAUGUAUCAAGUCCAAGGCCGUCUGGACUCGGUAACGAGAGCCCAACUCUUUCUCGUCAACUUGUUCAGUCCGGAUCUCAGACACAGCUUCAAGACUUAAUUAACUCUAAUAAGGUUAUUAAAUCCGGGCUGCACCAAUCGAUGGCGAAUGACAGCGUUCCAUCUCUUGCCUUAAGCCACCACGAUUCUAUUUCAGACCGCCAGGGAUCACAGCUUCAACCAGGUUCACAACUAGGCAACACUUCAUCCCCGACAGAUAGUAAUAGCGCUCAGAUUGCCCACCUACAGCGCCAAAUCUUGCUUUUGUACAACGACCUAACGUUCGAACGAUUCAUGAAGCAGCAGCACCUUACCCAUAUGGGUGAACUGCGAAGGCGGCAUGUACGAGAAGCCGCAACUGAAGCAGAAACACAAAAUCUGAUUAUACAGAAUCGCCAGCUUAAACAAAGGCUGAAGGAUGCAAAGGAUUCAGAAACGCAAGCCAAAAAAGAGUCGGAGAAGAGUCGUACAUUGUCGAAGAAGUGGGAAGCAGACCUCACUACUAAGCUAAGAGGGCUUCGAGAAGAACAGAAGAAGUGGAACGCUGAAGGAGACACAUUACGGACUGAACUAGAAGCAGCAAAGUGCGAGUCGGAGAGGUUGCGCCUGUUGCUCUGCGAGGCCGAGGUCAGGGAAAUAGACUUAAAGCAAGUUAUGCAGUCCGUUGAGAUCAAUGUUGAUGAGCUGGUAAGGCUGAGAAAAGAGGUUCAACGGCUAGCAGAAUGCGAACGGAACUAUCAGGCCAAAGAGACGGAACACGAAAACAUGAAAAUACGCGCAGCGGAGGCAGAAGGUCGGGUCGAGAUGCUGGAGUUGAAGCUCAAAGCGCACGACUCCGAUAUCCAGAAAACACAUGAACUGUACAAGUCGCAGAUCGCGGAACUGAAUGCGAAGUUACAGAAUGCGCUCAAAAACGGCACAGGUCGCAAGUCCGAGAGUUUGAAGACACAGCUAGAAAGCACUCUAGCAGCAAGCCGAGCACAGCAAACGGAGUUGAAGAACCGCAUCGCAGAAGUGACGAGGAAGAAUUCAACAUUACAAGCUACUAUACUGGACUUACAAUCCACGAUAUCCAGCUUGUCGAAGCCGGAUCCUCAUCCUCCUGCCGAUCCCGAAUUCGACUUGUCCUCCGAUUCGGGUAGUCCUUUGAGCUACCGUAACCGCCAGCAUCGUAGAUUGUCCGAGCCGGAUCUGUUCGAGGCGACAUCGUACAACCCCACCCCGCCGCUUGAGCCUUACAGCAGUGUAGGAUCAGCGGGAAGCCAGGGACGACGGCCUUCCACGCCGCUGCCGAACGAUCCGCUUUCCACGGGUAAAGGUAGUCCGACGACGGAGCGAUAUUUUGGACGAGGUGGUGUACAGAAUCUCCGCAAGGACAAGGAGAAAAAGAAAGAGGAAAAGGAGAGGAAGAAAUCAACUGGAUUGCGCGGUAUUAGGGGGUUCGUGUAGCCAGGUGUUAAGGUCGCCAAUAAGUCGCUAUGAAGCACUCACGUCAAGUUUGCAUUUGUCAGAUCUAGGCAAUGAGCGUGCAAUUCCAGAACUAAUUGGUACCUUGCGGGUUAGGCAUUUCAUAGUUUGAUACCCGAACGUCUAGUAACAAGCAUGAAUUGUACAAAAUGAAACCGGCUAUAUACUUGAGUUGAAAGUGUACUCGAAAU